AUGAUGAGCUUCGGCGGCGCGGACGCGCUGCUGGGCUCCCCGUUCGCCCCGCUGCACGGAGGAGGCAGCCUACACUAUGCGCUGUCCCGCAAGGGAGGCGUGGGUGGGAUGCGCUCGGCGGCCGGCUCCUCCAGCGGCUUCCACUCGUGGGCGCGGACGUCCGCGAGCUCCGUGUCGGCCUCGCCCAGUCGUUUCCGCGGUGCGGCUGCCUCGAGCACCGACUCGCUAGAUACGCUGAGCAACGGGCCGGAGGGUUGCAUGGUGGUGGCGCGCAGCGAGAAGGAGCAGCUGCAGGCGCUGAACGAUCGCUUCGCGGGCUACAUCGACAAGGUGCGGCAGCUCGAGGCGCACAACCGCAGCCUGGAGGGCGAGGCGGCGGCGCUGCGGCAGCAGCAGGCAGGCCGCGCCGCCAUGGGCGAGCUGUACGAGCGCGAGGUGCGCGAAAUGCGCGGCGCCGUCCUGCGCCUGGGCACCGCGCGCGGCCAGCUGCGCCUGGAGCAGGAGCACCUGCUCGAGGACAUCGCGCACGUGCGCCAGCGCCUGGACGACGAGGCCCGGCAGCGCGAGGAGGCCGAGGCGGCGGCGCGCGCACUCGCGCGCUUCGCGCAGGAGGCCGAUGCAGCGCGCAUCGAGCUGCAGAAGAAGGCGCAAGCGCUGCAGGAGGAGUGCGGCUACCUGCGGCGCCACCACCAGGAGGAGGUGGGCGAGCUGCUCGGCCAGAUCCAGAGCAGCAGCGGCGCCGCGCAGGCGCAGGCCGAAGCGCGCGACGCUCUCAAGUGCGACGUGACGUCGGCGCUACGCGAGAUCCGCGCGCAGCUCGAAGGCCAUGCGGUGCAGAGCACGCUGCAGUCCGAGGAAUGGUUCCGAGUGAGGCUGGACCGACUGUCGGAAGCAGCCAAGGUGAACACAGACGCAAUGCGCUCAGCCCAGGAGGAGAUUACUGAGUACCGGCGUCAGCUGCAGGCCAGAACCACAGAGCUGGAGGCUCUGAAAAGCACCAAGGAGUCACUGGAGAGGCAGCGCUCUGAGCUGGAGGACCGUCAUCAGGCUGACAUUGCGUCCUACCAGGAAGCCAUUCAGCAGCUGGACACCGAGCUGAGGAACACCAAGUGGGAGAUGGCAGCCCAGCUCCGAGAGUACCAGGACCUGCUCAAUGUUAAGAUGGCUCUGGAUAUUGAGAUUGCAGCUUAUAGAAAACUCCUAGAAGGCGAAGAGUGUCGGAUUGGGUUUGGCCCGAGUCCUUUCUCCCUUCCAGAAGGACUCCCCAAAAUUCCCUCCACAUCUACUCACAUAAAGGUCAAAAGUGAAGAGAAGGUCAAGGUGGUAGAAAAGUCAGAGAAGGAAACUGUGAUUGUGGAAGAACAGAUGGAGGAGAUCCAAGUGACUGAAGAGGUGACUGAAGAAGAGGAGAAAGAGGCCAAAGAGGAGGAGGGCAAGGAGGAAGCAGGGGGAGAAGAAGCCAAGUCUCCCCCAGCACAGGAGGCUGCAUCCCCAGAGAAGGAAGCCAAGUCCCCUGCAAAGGAAGAGGCCAAGUCACCAGCUGAAGCCAAGUCCCCAGCUGAGGUCAAGUCCCCUGCAAAGGAAGAGGCCAAGUCCCCAGCUGAGGUCAAGUCCCCUGCAAAGGAAGAGGCCAAGUCCCCAGCUGAGGUCAAGUCCCCAGCUGAGGUCAAGUCCCCUGCAAAGGAAGAGGCCAAGUCCCCAGCUGAGGUCAAGUCCCCAGCUGAGGUCAAGUCCCCUGCAAAGGAAGAGGCCAAGUCCCCAGCUGAGGUCAAGUCCCCUGCAAAGGAAGAGGCCAAGUCCCCUGACAAGGCCAAGUCCCCAGUGAAGGAAGAAGCCAAGUCCCCUGACAAGGCCAAGUCCCCAGUGAAGGAAGAAGCCAAGUCCCCUGACAAGGCCAAGUCCCCAGUGAAGGAAGAAGCCAAGUCCCCUGACAAGGCCAAGUCCCCAGUGAAGGAAGAAGCCAAGUCCCCUGACAAGGCCAAGUCCCCAGUGAAGGAAGAGGCCAAGUCUCCAGCUGAGGUCAAGUCCCCAGAGAAGGAAGCCAAGUCCCCUGCAAAGGAAGAGGCCAAGUCCCCAGCUGAAGCCAAGUCCCCAGCUGAGGUCAAGUCCCCUGAGAAGGCCAAGUCCCCAGUGAAGGAGGAAGCAAAGCCCCCUGAGAAGACCAAGGCUCUGGAUGUGAAGUCCCCAGAAGCCAAGACUCCAGUGAAGGAGGAAGCAAGAUCCCCUGCAGACAGCAAAUCCCCUGAAAAGGUGAAAAGUCCUGUCAAGGAGGAGAUCAAGUCGCCAGAGAAGGUCACAUCUCCUGUGAAGGAGGAGAAGCCCCAGGAGGUGAAAGCCAAAGAGCCCCCGAAGAAGAUGGAGGAAGAGAAAGCUCCAGCCACGCCAAAAACUGAGGACAAGAAGGACAGCAAGAAAGAUGAGGUGCCCAAGGAGGCUCCAAAGCCCAAGGUGGAGGAGAAGGAACCUGCUUUAGAAAAGCCCAAAGAAACCAAAGUUGAAGCCAAGAAGGAAGAGGCUGAAGGUAAGAAGAAAGCAGUGACCCCAGAGAAGGAGGCUCCUGCCAAAGUGGAGGCGAAGGAAGAGGCUAAACCCAAAGAGAAGACUGAGGUGACCAAGAAGGAACCAGACGAUGCCAAGGCCAAAGAACCCAGCCAGCCAGCAGAGAAGGAGCUGGAAAAGCCAAAGAAGGAAGAGAUGCCAGCAGCACCAGGGAAAAAAGACACCCAGGAGGAGAAGACCACAGAGGCCAAGAAGCCUGAGGAGAAACCCAAAACGGAGGCCAAAGCCAAGGAGGAUGACAAGACCGUGUCCAAAGAGCCCAGCAAGGAAACCCCCACACCCAGCCAACCCAAGAUGGAAAAGGCUGAAAAAUCAUCUAGCACAGACCAAAAAGACAGCAGGCCUCCAGAGAAGGCCCCAGAAGACAAGGCUGCCAAGGGGGAGAAGUAAGGCAGGGAGAAGGGAACAUCAGAGUAGCCAAAGAAACUCAGGAGGGGCCCAGAGCUCAAGGGUCUGUGUGAUGAAUUUUCCUUUUUCCUCCCUUUUCUUUAUGUAAGAAGAAACUCUGUUUAGAUGACGGGCCCUCCUUCACCAAACAGGAAUUUCUGUUAGCAAAAUGUUAGCAAGACAGGGCACUCCCAGCCCCCUGCCCUCCAUGUCCCAAACCCUCCCCAGGCGACGGACAACUAUGUUAUGAUAGCUUAUGUAGCUGAAUGUGAUAUAUGCCGAAUGCCAUACGUAAACACUUGACUAUAAAAACUGCCCCCCUCCUUUCCAAAU